AUGAAAGAGGUUAAAAGUGACAAUGAUCACAUAGCUGAUCAAACAGAUGAUCACUUAGAUGAUCAAGUUGAUGAUCAAAUUGAGGAUUUAAAUGAGCCGAGAAGGAGUAAGAGGGCUAAGACUACCAAGUCCUUUGACCCGGACUUCUUGACUUAUAUGUUAGAGGGAGAAUCUCGAACUUUCCAUGAAGCGUUUUUUUUUUUUUUUUGGGAAAUUGCUACUGCAUUUACUGAAAUUCCAGGGUCUACUGUUGUUCCCUUCACCGCGAUGCAAGCAGCUGUGUCGAAGAACAUGUUGGAGAGUCUCUCGGUGCCCACUUUUCGGGUUGGAUAUCCCGUGACUACUGAUGCCCUAGAUGCUCUGUAUGAGAAGGUUAAGCCCAACGGUGUGACUAUGACUUUAUCUAUGCUAGUUGUAGAGUUUUGGAUUUGGACUUUUACUCUUUCCAAUUUGGGCAUGUUUGGAGUGGAUAGGUUUGAUGCUAUUCUUCCUCUAGGCCAGGGGGCUAUAAUGGCUGCUAGAGCAUCAAAGCCUACUGCUAUAAUAGGUGAGGUGAAUAUAAAUUGAUUGUGAAUUGGCCAG